AUGAGCAUCACUAUUCAUGUAAAGUUUGGGCAAAACAAGUUGGACGUGUCUAUCGAUCCUGCAAGCUCAGUAGGCGAUUUGAAAACUGCCAUUGCUGAGAAAUCUGAGAUUCCUGCAGACAACCAGAGGCUGAUAUAUUCGGGUAAAAUUCUUAAGGACGACCAGACUGUCGAGUCUUACAAGAUCCUGGACGACCAUUCUAUCCACUUGGUGAGGUCUGGUGGUGCUAAAAAGGGAUCAAGUCCUGGCGCUGCUUCUGCCUCUGCCACAACGGGCAACACGAACGAAGCAACUUCGCAGCAACAAUCGGGUGCAGUUCCAGCGGCUCCACCAAGCCUUUCAGCGGGUCAAACUGGCGGAUUCAACCCGUUGUCGGAUCUCACAAGCGCCCGUUAUGCUGGGUAUCUGAAUUUGCCUUCCGCAGAUUCGUUUGGUCCAGAUGGAGGCAUGACAAGCGCUCCUAACUCGGACGAGGUCCUCAGAAUGCUUGAAAACCCAACAAUGCAGUCCCAAAUGAAUGAGAUGCUGAGCAACCCUCAAAUGGUUGACUUUCUGAUCCAGCAGAGUCCGCAGUUGCAAAGCAUGGGCCCACAGGCAAGACAACUACUACAGAGUCCCAUGUUCAGACAGAUGAUGACGAAUCCAGAUAUGAUCAGACAAAGCAUGCAGUUCUCAAGCAUGAUGGGAGGUGGAGAAGGCAACAUGGAUGCUAGCGCCUUCCCAGCUCCUGGGACCUCGGGACCAGAAUCAUCAGACCAGACCCCAUCCGCUCAACAGCAAACUCAAUCAGACACCACAACUCAGUCUGCCAAUCCCUUCGCAUCGUUGCUCGGCGGUUUUCCACCACAACCAGCCGCAGGGUCCUCAACGGGGUCCAACAUACCAACUAACCCCUUUUUAUCCAUGUUAGGUGGAGCCGGUGGAGCUGCUCCUAAUUUCGAUCCAGCUUUCUUUUCGUCACUUCUAGGUGCUGGUGCAGGUGGUGCUGCUGCUCCAGCGCAGCAAGACACGAGACCCCCCGAGGAGCGUUACGAACAACAACUAAGACAACUGAACGACAUGGGAUUUUUUGAAUUUGACAGAAACGUUGCUGCGCUUAGACGAAGCGGUGGGUCCGUGCAAGGAGCGUUAGAUGCUUUGCUAAGUGGUGAUGUCUAA